AUGUCUUCCGAUGACAAUGUCACCACCCAAAAACAAGGUCUAUCUUUAAAUAAGCGACAUGAUGAUUUCGACAUGGCCAAGUUGCAGAAAAGGCUGAACCAGGAACAUCGACACCACUUAACACCAAAGCACAAAGUCGCCAAACUGACGCCCGCCGAGAUUCGCUCGCUGAACCAUAGUGCUGAUGUGUCGAAAUCUGCUAGUCUUCGCAGCGUUGACCAAAUUUCCAUACGUGGCUCGGAUCGAGUGCCUUCCAGUACACCACCUCUGACUCCAGAUACUCCCUUCUCGCCACAUCAACUUGCUCCUCAACGUCACGGGUCCGCCGCCAGAUUGCCAACACCACCUCAUUCACCUUCGAGUGAGAGAAGAGGAUCAAACGCUAGUGCACGACAAAUUCACGCUCCGAAACCCAUCUCGCAUGUCCAAGCGCCACACCUUUCUAAUGGUAUCGUCAAUUCGCGAUCGCCAAGCGCGAACUCUUACCGUGGUGUUGCGACAUAUCGUGGGCCAGAGAUUACAAGGACUGGGUCUCUGACCAUGCUACAGCAUCCACCUCAAAAUAUCGUAUCUAAUCCGCUGUCCCAAUUCUCACGACCUCGCCAGUCUACACUGACUUCGUCACCUCAGAAGACGACGUUGGAGCCUCUUGCGAACGACGACAGCCCCGCUAGUGUUGUCGACACGCAACCACGCCAACAACCUCUUGGCGUUAUAAGUCACAACCCAUCACGAGACCAUAGUCCAGUUAGAGUCUCAGAUUCCCCAGUAUCAAUGGAGGGAGGCAAGGUGCCCGAUAUGAAUAAAGUGGGCUCCAAUGGCAGUGGAGGCAAACCUGUCACAUCUGACAUUCCAGAAGUCGAAUCAGACGCUAAUGGAGAAAAGGUCAAUGCAGAGACCUCUGAGAAACAAGCGAAACACAAAGUCUGGCGCAAAACUUUGACAGGCCCACCUGAUAAAGACCAGGAACCUACUCCAUUGAGAAAGGAACAUCGGAGGCGUACUCUUAUGGCUCCCAAAAAUGGGUACUGCUUGCACGCCAUAAGUUAUUCUGACACUAAACCUGGUGAGCCACCACUGAUGCGAAAUACCCUGAAGGAUGAGCUGCCUUCGUCUAAAACAUCCGUUUUCAAGGAAGGAAGGAAGUCGGCAGACAUGGACACCGAAUAUGGCCAGCACCCAGCUGUUCGACCACUAAGUACAGAUGGGCAGCCAUCGGCUGAUGUGGUUCGGGACUCGUCCUCAUCCGUUAGCAAAGGCAAGCGAAGGGAAUUAGAUCUACACCCUGGACUAGAUACCGAUGGAUUGUCCCUCAGCUCGUCAGUGCCAUCUUAUUCGCGCUGCAAUUGCUGUGGUCGCGUCACGAAGCCAGGUGGAUUUGACUCAGAUCUGAGCCCUGUUUUGGAAAACGAAAACCUGAGAACAAAUUUUAGCUUGGAAGCAAACAAAUCGGUUUCCAACCAGCGAAAAAGAUCAAGCUCAAUAAGUACUGGUGCAAGAAGAUAUACACCAAUAAUACCUAUGGAGGUGGGCAAUGAGACUAAACAAGCCCGCAUCGAGCCAAUGAACACGCCUAUAUCAGGUGCUAAUACAGCUCAGCAGAUGAAGGGCGUCGCUGUGAAUAAGUUGGGGGAUGUCAUAGGUCCCGGUUCUGUGCCUCUAGCUAUCAUGCCAAGGUCAAGAACUGACCCCCGCCUAAGUAGAUUUGGCAGUCUGCAUGCAAAGAUUAAGGAGACAGAUGAUGAUGCGAAUGCAGAAGAACAGAUGUCAUCUCAGAAUCUCCCUCCACAUCAAGCGCAGCGGUUCGUAAGUCUUUACGGUCUUCGCGAGAUCGCGCAGCAGCAGGAACGAAGUUCAUCACUAUUACAAGGACAGUCUCAAGGUGCAUACCAAGCACAACAAGUGAGGCACUAUUCGCUGCCAAACAACUAUCGUCCGGUUAAAUCAUCUCGACUUGCCCAGGGUACAGAAGAUUACACACCGAUAACAGCGAGCAAUGACGAUCAACAGUCCAUUCAUCAAAAUUCGACGCCUGCCGUUGAGAAGCCUCUUAGCGACUCUCCUACCUCUCCUAAAGAAUCACACCCAGUCAUGCAGUCAGAUGCCACAUCCAGUAAGGACGAUGACGAACCAGUUUUCGAUCUAUCCUCAGUCGAUGGCAGCUUCGUGCACAACAGCCUGUCGCGUCGCGUAACUAUUCUCCGCGAUCACUCGCCAGUCAAUGGCGUCAAUGGCACGAACAGUAUUCGUACACCAAUCGAAGCCAACACAAGUAGAGCACUCACACCUGCUUCUAAUGGUGUCGUUUCUAAGAUCGACACUUCCGAUUACUCCUCUUCCAUUGGCCAGGCGAUCACCACUCCAAGUGCCAUCAGGUCCGCUCCUGCAGCGACAGCGUCACGCUCAUUGUCCGGGUCACCAGUACCAACAGAUAGCAGUCUGACCAACGGCACGCAUGGCGAUUCGCAAACAACACGAACGACGAUCGUAAGAAUAAUCCCAACAGCUUCUCUAACGGCGUCAGUACCCAGGAAGCCUAGCGAUCCCCUCAAAUUAGGAGACUGGGUGCUACCUGCAAGUCCCAACCUUGCAAAUGCGAAUGCACGUGGUGGAAGCGGGCAAAGCACCAUCGCAGGCGCUUGA